AUGGCAGAUGAAGAUAUUACUUUAAACGAAGACCAGCUCUUGGAGUCGCUGGAUGAGACAAACGGUGAACAGGAGGCUGAAAUUGUGACUGAAACAGAGGAGGAAGGCAGCAUGCAGAUCGAUCCAGAACUAGAGGCCAUCAAGGCACGCGUCAAAGAAAUGGAGGAAGAGGCUGAAAAGAUCAAACAAAUGCAGUCCGAGGUCGACAAACAAAUGGCUGGCGGUUCAACAACCGGUUUGGCAACCGUGCCGCUUUCACUUGAAGAGAAACAGGAGAUAGACACGAGGUCCGUCUAUGUGGGCAACGUGGACUAUGGUGCAUCCGCCGAGGAGCUGGAGGCACAUUUCCAUGGAUGCGGCACAAUCAAUCGUGUUACCAUUCUAUGCAACAAGGCUGAUGGGCAUCCCAAGGGUUUUGCCUAUAUUGAAUUUGGUUCGAAGGAAUAUGUUGAGACUGCACUGGCCAUGAACGAAACGCUCUUCCGAGGACGUCAAAUUAAGGUCAUGUCGAAGCGGACAAACCGGCCUGGACUCUCCACCACAAAUCGGUUCGCACGCGGCAGCUUCCGGGGCCGAGGGGCACGCGUCUCCCGCUCCUGCUGUCACUCCACUUUCCGUGGCGCUCGGCGCGCAAUAAGAGGUUACCGCGGACGCGCCAAUUACUAUGCGCCGUAUUGAUAAUUGUUUUUGCUUAAAUUAUAGUAAGAUUUUUUUAAUAUAUAAUUUCAAAAAACAUUUUAUUGCCAAAACUUCUUUGUAAUAAAUGCAAAAAAAAAGAAAAUGCAAGAGUACGCCACCAAAAAAAAAUUAAAUAUAUUAUACAUGCAAGUAAUAAUAAUAAAAAAAAAUGAACAGCAGCAACGAAAAAAAUUUCUAAAACAGGCGCAAAAAAGAUGAAAACCAAUAAAAUGAAAAUCAACAAGGAAAAAAGAAAAAAAAAACGUAACUUGGCUAUAAUGUUUUUUGAAGCACCCAACACCACAAACACCCCUUUAUCACACUUUUUAAUUUUUCUCAAAUAAAUAAUAUAUAUAUACAUUUA